ACAGAGGAGCCCCUCCCUGGAAGACCACCAACAGGACCCCACAGAACCUGGACCUGACUGGACCCCCACAGAACCUGGACCUGACUGGACUCCCACAGAACCUAAAUCUGACAGUCAACCCAAAGCUCAGAGACCUGGACCUGGACCUGGACCUGAACCUGCAUCUGGACCUCCAUCCAGUUGUGUGUCCUUUCACAGUGACGAUUCCAAAGAGCAAAUCAUAUAUUUUAAAGAUGAUCGUCCAUCAGACUCGGUGAUCCACCAGAGAUCAGAGUCCUCUGGACCUGGACCUGGACCUGGACCCAGCUGUGUGUCCUACAGCAGUGACCGGUCCAUGGAGCCACCAUUCAAAUUCCAAACAUCGACCCAACAUCCACUGAACACAAGAUGGAGAGUGGAGCAGCAGAGCUCAGAGGUUCCCACUGGUCUACAGUGUCAGACUCAGCUGGACUCCAUAUUUAAGCUGUUGGAGGAGAACAUCUGCACUUUUGUCAAGAACAAACUGAGGAAGUUCCACCAGGUUCUGAGUACAGAUUACCCAGAAUGUUUAGAGAGUCUCAGAGAUGAGGAUGAAGAGCAGAGGAGGAGCUCAGAGGCUUUUCUGAAGAUCACACUGAACUUCCUGAGGAGGAUGAAGCAGGAGGAGCUGGCUGAGCGUCUGCACCGCAGAAGUCAGGCUGGAGUUCAGCAGCGGAAACUGAAACGUAACCUGAAGCAGAAGUUUGAGUGUGUGUUUGAGGGCAUCACUAAAGCAGGAAACCAAACCCUCCUGAACCAGAUCUACACAGAGCUCUACAUCACAGAGGGAGGGGCUACAGAGGUCAACCAGGACCAUGAGGUCAGACAGAUUGAAACAGCAUCCAGGAACCCCCACAGACCACCAACAACCAUCACAUGUGAAGACAUCUUUAAAACACCAGCUGACAGACAUCAGCCAAUCAGAACGGUGCUGACAAAGGGUGUGGCCGGCAUCGGGAAAACAGUCUUAACACAGAAGUUCAGUCUGGACUGGGCUGAAGACAAAGCCAACCAGGACAUCCACUUCAUAUUUCCAUUCACCUUCAGAGAGCUGAAUGUGCUGAAACAGAAGAAGUUCAGCUUGGUGGAACUGGUUCAGCACUUCUUCACUGAAACCAAAGAAACAGGAAUCUGGAUCUAUGAAGACCUCCAGGUGGUGUUCAUCUUAGACGGUCUGGAUGAGUGUCGACCUCCUCUGGACUUCAACAACACUCAGAUCCUGACUGAUGUGACAGAGUCCACCUCAGUGGAUGUGCUGCUGAUGAACCUCAUCAGGGGGAACCUGCUUCCCUCUGCUCGCCUCUGGAUAACCACACGACCUGCAGCGGCCAAUCAGAUCCCUGCUCAGUGUGUCGACAUGGUGACAGAGGUCAGAGGGUUCACUGACCCACAGAAGGAGGAGUACUUCAGGAAGAGGUUCACAGAUGAAGAACAGACCAACACAAUCAUCUCCCACAUCAAGAGGUCACGAAGCGUCCACAUCAUGUGUCACAUCCCAGUCUUCUGCUGGAUCACUGCUACAGUUCUGGAGGACGUGUUGAAGACCACAGACAGAAGACAACUGCCCAAGACCCUGACUCAGAUGUACAUCCACUUCCUGGUGGUUCAGGCCAAAGUCAAGAACAUCAAGUAUGAUGGAAGAUCUGAGACAGAUCCAUACUGGAGUCCAGAGACCAGGAAGAUGAUUGAGUCUCUGGGAAAACUGGCCUUUGAGCAGCUGAAGAAAGGAAACCUGAUCUUCUAUGAAUCUGACCUGACAGAGUGUGGCAUCGAUAUCAGCUCAGCCUCAGUGUACUCAGGAGUGUUCACACAGGUCUUUAGAGAGGAGAGAGGACUGUACCAGGACCAGAGGUUCUGCUUCAUCCAUCUGAGUGUCCAGGAGUUUCUGUCUGCUCUUCAUGUCCAUCAGACCUUCACCAACACUGGAGUCAAUCUGCUGUCAAAAAAACCAUCUGUGCGGUCUAAACUAUCAAAGGUCAAACCUGCCCAGUUCUACCAGACCGCUGUGGACCAGGCCUUACAGAGUCCAAAUGGACACCUGGACCUGUUCCUCCGCUUCCUCCUGGGUCUAUCACUGCCGACCGGUGAGAGGCUCCUACAAAGUCUGGUAAAACCAACAGGAACUAGCUCAAAGACCAAUCAGAAAACUGUUGAGUACAUCAAGCAGAAGAUCAGUGGGAAUGUGUCUGCAGAGAGAAUCAUCAACCUGUUCCACUGUCUGAAUGAACUGGAGGAUGGAUCUCUGGUGGAUCAGAUCCAAAAGAACCUGAGAUCAGAACGUCUGUCCACAGAACAACUGUCUCCUGCUCAGUGGUCAGCUCUGGCCUUCAUCUUACUGUCAUCAGAAAAAGACCUGGAUGUGUUUGACCUGAACAAAUAUUCUGCUUCAGAGGAGGUUCUUCUGAGGCUGCUGCCAGUGGUCAAAGCCUCCAACAAAACUCUACUGAGUAGCUGUAACCUGUCAGACAGAAGCUGUGAAGGUCUGUCCUCAGUCCUCAGGUCCCAGUCCUCUAGUCUCAGACAUGUGGACCUCAGUAACAAUGACCUGAAGGAUUCAGGAGUGAAGAUCCUGUCAGAUGGACUGAAGAGUUCAGGAUGCAGACUGGAGACCCUCAGACUGUCAGGAUGUCUGAUCACAGAGGAAGGAUGUUCUUCUCUGGUCUCAGCCCUAAGGUCCAAUCCGUCCUGUCUCAGACUGUUGGACGUAAGCUACAACCAUCCAGGAGCCUCAGGACAGGAGCUGUCUGCUCUACUGGAGGAUCCACACUGGACACUGGACACUCUCAGGUUGGAGCCUGGUGGAGUCCGAUGGUUGAAACCAGGUCUGAGGAAGUAUUUCUGUGAACUCACCCUGGAUCCAAACACAGCCAACAGAAGACUCCAACUGUCUGAAAACAACAAGAAGGUGAAACGAGUGUUUGAGGUUCAGUCCUAUCCUGAUCAUCAGGACAGAUUUGAGUCCCAUCCUCAGCUGAUGAGUUCAACUGGUCUGACUGGUCGCUGUUACUGGGAGGUGGAGUGUAGUGGAGAUGUUAAUAUAGCAGUGACUUACAGAGGAAUCAGAAGGAAAGGAAACAGCACAGACUGUAGGUUUGGAUUCAAUGAUCAGUCCUGGAGUCUGUGGUGUUAUGGUCGUUACUCUGUCUGUCAUAACAACUACACAACCCUUCCUCAGUCCUCCUCCUCCUCCUCCUCCUCCUCCUCCUCCUCCUCCUCCUCCUCCUCCUCCUCCGGUACAGUCUCAGUGUAUGUGGACCAUCCUGCUGGAUCUGUGUCCUUCUACAGAGUCUCCUCUGACAAACUGAUCCACAUUCACACUUUCAAAACCACAUUCACUGAACCACUGUUUGUUGGAUUUAGACUCAAUGAUUCUAACUCCUCAGUGUCUCUGUGUGAUGUGUAGUUGUGUGUGUGUGUGUGUAGAUGAGUGUGUGUAGUUGUGUUUGUGUAGUUGUGUUCACUCAUCCACUGACUCCCAGAUGUGAACUGAACUGACUGACUGGUAGAAUAAGCAUCUUUAAUCACUCAUCACAUUAAAAUGACUGAUUGUUGUCUGUUGUGACUUAAAUCCACUUGUAUCCAGUGUGUCCAACAGGAUCAGUGUUGGACACAGAUACAGUUUACAGGAUGAGGACAAUGCUUCUCCCAUUAGUGACUCCUACUGUAGGUGUGGACUAUAUGGAAUAUAAGAGUCGUUCACAACGUUUUCAGAAAAUUCACCUGGAUCAGAUAAAUCUGAUUAUUUCCUCUUCUUUCUUCUCUCUUCUCUCAUCCUUCUUUUUCUCUGUCGGACACUGACCAUUGAUGAUUGUAAAUAUUUAAUAAUAAAAGCUAAAAAUUAAAAAGAAAUAAUAUCAUAGCAUAAAUUGUUCAUUUUUAUCAAGUCCUUGAGUCAUCAAAUCACAAAGGAUGAGCCACAGCAUGUUGGACUACAACUCCCAGGAUGCCUUUCAGCAAAAACUAUCCAAUCACAACUUCAACCUCUUCCGUUUUUCCUAAUCUCUCUAACUGAAAGUGGCUUUUUAAUAAAAUAUCUGGACAAGAACUGAGUCCCCAUUCCUUCUUGUGGAGCAGUGUGCCUCAACAGUUUAUUUUCCACUGUCUUUUGCUGUCCUCUUUAUUUUCUCCCAUAUUAAGCCAGGCCAUUAUACUAUGGUUGUUUGAAAAUGGACAUUUUGGACAAAAUUUAAAUUUCUCUGAAUUGUGUUUUGUACAGUUCCAGAGACAUU